AUCAUUCGGGUACUUACAGUGCACUUCGUUUUUGAGGAUUUUCGAUGUGAACGCACUACUCACACUAUUUAUACUACAAAAUGGCGUAGAAUAGUACAUAAGUGCGCGAUUUGGGACGCGCCUUAUGUGUGGAACUGUGGAUACUUCACACACUCAAUGGUCGCAGUUUCGCAUACGUUCGGCUAUCGGACGCUGCUCGAGCAAAACUCUCAUGCUGGGCAAAACAGUUUAAAACUACAUGAAAUGUACAAUGUACAAGUAGAUUUUUAUUCACACGCAUUGUGCCGUGAGAUUGACAUCCUUUGCGCUCGUCUGGGAAACCAAAAUACUUCCGGUUAGUAUAAAACCGUUUAGUAUUCCAUUUGGGACGGUACUACCCUUUUAAAAUGCUUACACUACAUGGUUGAGUGCAUAGUGCAUAGUAUGUCAUUUGGGAAAACAGUGCGCAAGUUUUGACCAAUGGGACUUUUAUUUUGGCGUCACGACCUGGGUGUACGUCAUCAUUCCACGCCAGGAAGACCCAAGGCUGUCUUCACGUGAAAGUUUGCUGUGUUUGUCACAUGAAACUACAAACCAAUGUAUGUAUUUCAGAGGUCAAGCGAUAAUACCAUUAACUAUUUCAGAGGUCAAGCGAUAAUACCAUUUGCACACAAUAGCAAUACAUAACAACAUUCACUUUUGAUUCUAAGUUAUAGAACAAGAAUAUCCGCGAUGCAGUUUGUGAAGGUCGGAAACGUCGCCGUUCUCUUUUCCAAACAGCUGCCAAUAACGCGCAGUUCUUUUAAUGCGCGCGAUUACGUUCCGUUAAUCUGUGGACACAUCGAUGCGAUGUUUGCGUCGGUACGCAAAAUGACAACAGCUGCCUCGCCGUCUGUGGUGAUCCGCAUCCCGAGACGCAUGCAAGAACGCAUAGAAAACAUCAAACAAGUGCAAAGCAAAAGAACUAACAAGCUCCCAACAGUCAAGGCUGGCAGACUGCUGAUCAAGAGCAAGAAUCCUCAGCUAAACCAGUCUGUUGGCUAUACCCUUGGGAAAUUUGAACAGCCAGCGCUUGCCUCUAAGGGAUGGAAAAGCAAGGAAGCACCAGGGGAUUAUUUCACCAUAAACAGCAUCCAGAGCGCACCACCAUUCAUGGUGAAACACGAGGGCGAGGACAAUGACACUGCUGGUCACAAGACAUUUGAAUGCUUUCAUAUUUGUCCAGAACUGGUUGAGACAUUACAGAGUCUGAAUAUAAUUCACCCCACGACAGUGCAGAUGAAAACCAUUCCUAAAAUACUGAAGAGGCAUAAUAUUCUCUGUGCUGCAGAGACGGGGAGUGGUAAAACAUUGGCUUAUCUUCUUCCCAUCAUCCACAAGUUGCAGGCGGAAAAGAGGUUAGAGGAGUUCACAGACAAGGAGAGACAGAUUCAAGCUGUGGUCAUGGUGCCUUCACGGGAACUAGCGGAACAAGUAACAUCUGUGGCUCGUUCAAUAGGCCAGCGGUUUGGGCUUGUGGUCAAAGUUGUGGGUGGAGGCAGAGGUGUAGGAAACAUCAAAGCGACAUUCUCACACAGCCAACCAGAUGUGCUGGUGGCCACCCCUGGUGCCCUUCUAAAGGCCCUAUGGAAGCGAUUUGUGAGUUUGAGUGAACUGAACUUCCUAGUGAUUGAUGAGGCUGACACCAUGUUUGAUGCUAGUUUUGCAGGCAUGCUUGAGAAAAUUCUCUCCCAUACCCAGGUGGCAUCCAGGCUCUCCGAGACUGUUGGGUUCACCCGUAAAGCUCAGCUGGUUGUCGUGGGAGCUACGUUUCCUGGUGGUGUCGGUGAGAUCCUCAGCAAGGUGACUGACCUGGGCAGCAUGGUCGUCAUUAAAAGCCAGAUGCUACAUUAUCUCAUGCCACAUGUAAAGCAGACGUUUCUGAGGGUGAAAGGUGCCGACAAGAUCCUGGAGCUUCAUCAGGCUUUGAAGAAGGCCGAACAGGAGCAUAAAGGUGUUCUGGUGUUUUGCAACUCAGCGUCCACCGUGAACUGGCUGGGCUACACGCUGGAGGAAAUGGGCGUUUGUCACAUGAGGCUCCAGGGAGAAAUGCCUGCUGCAAUGAGAGAAGGUAUCUUCAGAAACUUUCAGAGAGGAAACGUUGAUGUUCUCAUAUGCACUGAUAUAGCUUCAAGAGGCUUAGACACACAGAGGGUUGGAUUUAUCGUCAAUUAUGACUUUCCAGAAUCUCACACGGACUAUAUCCACCGAGCAGGCCGUGUGGGGAGAGCAGGUGGCUCCGGUGGAGGAGAGGUGUUGAGCUUUGUUACCCACCGCUGGGAUGUUGAACUUGUGCAAAAAAUAGAGACAGCUGCCAGGAGAAGAACGUCUUUACCUGGGAUGGAGUCUGAAAUAAAAAAUCCCAGCCAUAAAACAGAUUUAACAAUUGAGUAAAAGGUAAUUUAUUGUAUCAUCACCUAAUGAAUCCUUGCAUAAAAAUGGAAAGAUUUGAGAUAUUUGUUGUACUUGAGUCUUUAUAAUAAACCAUUUAA